GAAGGGGGGACGGCGGCGGCGGCUGCGGGCGGGGGGGGGGCAGAGACUCUUUCACUUUUUGGAUUUCCCCGAGUUCCCCCUCCCACCCCGCGCGCGCACACACCCCCCUUUUUUCCUGUGAGCCUGGGGAACUUGCAGCUCAAAGCCAGCCACCCCCACGGCAACAUGUACCCCAGCAACAGGAAGAAAAAGGUGUGGAAAGAGGAGAAAGAACGUUUACUGAAGAUGACCUUGGAAGAGAGACGCAAAGAAUACGUGAGGGAUUAUGUUCCUUUGAAAGACAUUCCAUCAUGGAAGGAAGAAAUGAAGAGCAAAAGCCAGAAUGACGAUGAAAGUGCCCAGGAAGUUUCACAAGUGAAGAAAAGUUUGAGUGAAAAAGUUUCACUCUAUAGAGGUGACAUCACAUUGCUUGAGAUUGAUGCCAUAGUCAAUGCAGCAAAUGCCAGCCUUCUUGGAGGAGGAGGGGUGGAUGGCUGUAUUCACAGAGCAGCUGGUCCCUGUCUGGUUGCUGAAUGCCGUAAUCUGAGUGGCUGUGAGACUGGUCAAGCUAAGAUCACCUGUGGGUAUGACCUGCCAGCAAAAUAUGUCAUCCACACUGUGGGACCCAUAGCCAGGGGUCACAUCAGUGAUUCCCAUAAAGAAGACCUUGCAAAUUGCUAUAAGUCUUCCCUGAAGUUGGCAAAAGAAAAUAACAUCAGAUCAAUUGCAUUCCCCUGCAUUUCCACAGGAAUUUAUGGAUUUCCAAAUGAGCCAGCGGCAAUCAUAGCCCUAACCACCAUCAAGGAAUGGCUGAACAGAAAUCAUCAUGAGAUGGACCGGAUCAUCUUUUGUGUCUUCUUGGAAGUUGACUUCAAAAUUUUCAAGAAGAAAAUGAGCGAAUAUUUCCCUAUAGAGGGAUUAGAAGCAAAGGGCCUUUCUCCUCCUCCCAAGAAGAGCAAAGCAAAGAAGUCAGAAAGUGUGAAAGAAUCUAACGAGGAUGAGGCACAGCCUGCCACCGCACCCAGCCCUUCAUCAGAAGAAGCUGUUGAAGCCAACAAGGAUAAAGAUUCUACCACAGAUACCAGUGUUAUACAAGAGGAUGACAUCGCCCAUGGCUCAGUGCACGACCAAGAUUCUGCUGAAGGACGUGAUGAUGACUCAAUGAAGAAUGAAAUGAAAAUGGAGAUCGAAUCCCAGAGCUCAUACAUGGAAACAGAAGAACCUUUCUCAAACCAAGAAGAUGCCCCAGUUGUUCCGAAACCUGAAGUUACUGCAGCCACUGAUGGCAAAGAAGAAAAGGAAAAUGAAAAAGAAGGAGCAGUGGGAGAAGGGAAGUCAUCCGCAGAGCAAGUGGGUGGUGGAGAUGCCUGCCCUGUGGAAAAUGCUACAUAUGCUGAUGUUGAAAUGAGUAGUCAGGAUGAAAGUGACCCAACAGAGAGUCAACAAGAUGAUGAUCUCUAAUAGAUGAACAAGAUGAGGCAAAAGAACGAAAUGACAUGGCGGCCCUUGGCAAUGUAUGGCAUCUGAUGGCAUCGGUGAAGUGGAGGCUGAGAUGACACCAAGUGGUGUCAAUAAGAGCUAGGGGUGGGUGGGGGGAGGGACUUUGGGCCCAAAGAGAAGGGGAUUCUUUGCUUUGAUUCUUUCACUUGCAUUUUAUUCUGUUUACCUAUUUAGAGAAAGAUUUUUGACAUGGGAGCCGGUGCCCCAUGUUCAAAUCAUCUUUUUUUAAGGCACUGACCGUGUAUUAAUGCCUUUCCUUUAAAAACUUUGCCCCAGAGUCAUAAUAGGACAGGUUAAACACAUAUACAUACAUGUGUGUAUGAAUUCGGUUCUCCAGAUUUGCUUUCUCAAUGACUUUGUAGAGUAGGUUGGCCCAAUGGUCCCUUUGUAGAAACAGAUGAGAAUAAGGUUGCUUUCUGUAUCACAACCUAAAAUUUCAGAGAGCAUAAUGCUAGACAGCAGCAUAAUCCACAGACAGUAUCAGGUAGAAAACAAGUUAGGAAGUAGUCAAAACCUACUUACUGAUCCUUUGGAGAAGGUCUGGACAUGAAAAUAGAAAAUGAGGUUUUAUCUGGUACCUCGAAGCACUGAAAAUUAGUUCCAUGGCAUUCAUUAAGAAAUGAUGGAAGAGCUUUUUAGGUUAGCACGGAGUAAGAUGAGCUUAGCCAGUAAAAUCAUUAGAGUCUCUUUUGCAGCUUGCAUCGCCAUUGUCCUUAGAUAGAACUGAGAUUUUCGUCCUGUCAGCAGCAUAAACUUACAACAGGGCUUUUUUUAUUCCAUCAUGUCCUUACCAUAUGCUUCCUCUUAUAGCCUGUGGACUAGGGCAAGACCUGGUACCACCAACUGUAGAAUUUUUUUCCCCUAUUCAACUAAAACAGAGCUUCUCUUUUAAAGUGAGCACUUGUCUAGAUGUUGUGAGCAGUUUAAAUCCUGGAUUAAAUAAGGAUAUAUGCCAAUUAAAACUCAUCCUAUGUUAACUAUUGGUUUGUGGAUAUUAACCAACUGCACUUGAAAUCCCUCCUAUCAUGUUUCCCAAUAUAGAUGGAUGUGUAAUUAUGCAUAGAUAUUUGAGUAAGACACUUUUGCCAGAUCGUUGGGUACAGGGGUCUGUGGGUCAAAUGUCACUGGGUAGUAAAAAAGAAAAAGGGAGGAGGAGCAAGGAUGUCCUUUUCAGCCUAUGCAGUAAAUUAAAUUUGUAUGCCUUUCCCAAAAGGAGGAUAUGCUUUUCACAAAGAACACAUACACGUUUCCAAGAUUUGAAGGUCUGACGAACACAUUCCCUCCGUUAGAAGCAAUUAGAGCUCCUGUUUGCAGUCUCUGCUUCCUGGUUUGUUUUGACGUUACAUUGCUUGACCAGGCCAGGUCUGAAAAUAAUUUGUUGCUGGGUUCCUCCCAGCCAACCACUGAGCAUAGCACUAAAAAAAGGAGUGGUAGCCCUAAUAGUCCAUGAGACUAGUUCUCUCUGCAGAAUGAGGACUGGUAUUUGCUUAAGAGACAGCGGGACCAAAAGAUGAGAAAGUAUGAGGAGCUCAGGUAUAUGUGGGCCAGUAUCUUUUUGACUAUAAUCCCUCAGAAGGCAAUAUUAACACCAUUAGCUGACCUUCCCAGCAACAUGCUAUACCUACCCUGAGAGCUAAUCUUGUUUCCCUCAUGUCCCUUUAAGCUACUUGUGACCAGGCCUUUUUAUAAGUGCUUUGGAAUUUAUAUUUCAUUUAUCUUUUGCCUUAAACAAGCAGAUUGUGGCAGGUGGAUGUCCAAAUGUAGUUAGGUUAAGUACUUUAUUAAUUAGCAUUUAUUGGAUGUUUGCUCUAAAUUCCACUGAAGGUGGAAUUAGCUGCCUUCAUUCCUCUGUAUGAAGUCUCCCUUCUCUUUUUACACAGUAGUAUAUGUGUGCUUGUGUUUCUGUGUAUGUGUAUACACACACAGACACACAUAUAUACGUAUAUAUUCUUCCUGGAUAUUUUUUUUUUCUUUCAACUCUUCCUGAAUUUGUUUUCCUCUCUUGGUUGCUACGUUUUAAAAAUUAACAGUCUAUAUUUCUGCAUAACACCCAUAUAGCAAUUUCACUAUCACAUAAUUCACCCUCAGCUGAAGAAGCCCCAUCAUCACAACAACUAUUCCCUUGAGACUGACAUCAUGGAAACUUGGCCAUUCCCUCUCAUGGUGUCAAUGAAAGAUCUGGGAAUGGAUGAUAUACUUUUUCCAGCCCCAUUAAGCACCACUUCCUUAGAAGCAAGAAGAAAGUGAUUUUAAAAUAGUCCUAGAAAUGAUACCACAUGAAUUCUGAUAUUUUCUCUAUUUUAUGCCAUCUUUAUAACUUAAUUCAAAAAGUCACUGUCAUCUUGUGAAAUGCUUGACAAGUGCAAUCUGCUGCAAGCAGAUUAUCCCGUGGCUACCAAAUGUUGGUGAUAUUCUUUUGCAGUAAUGAGCUACAACAGAAAACAACAUGAGAGAGACGGUACAGAGAACCACGCUUGAAAGUGGUUAAAGAUAAAAGAUUCCUAAUCUCCUUCUUAGGAACCACUAACAUGGAAAAUAAUGGCCUUCACUAAGACUCCAGGUCCAAGACCUAACCUAUCCUUAUUACCCCAGAGAGUCAUUUCCUCUAUUCUUACUUUUAACUUUGAUUCCCUUGCACAGUGGGGUAGUUCUUUAAAAUCUGUGGUUUUCUCCUUAAGGAAACUAUAGGAAUGCAAGCAGUGAAUCAAGAAAACUAAUAGAGUAAGGAAGUAUGCCAAUACGUUCAAUCUGAUGAGCCCUAAUAUAAAAUUUGUUUGGAUUUGUUAUCUGGUUUGGUUUAGGGAUUUUCAAGAGUUGCUAUUUAGCUGUAUGAUUUUAUUGUUUAAAAAAAAGGUAAUGAAGACACUAUACUCUCAUUCAGAUAGUAAAAAUUAAAAAAAAUUAAGUAAUUGCUGAGAUAUAACUUAACAUGGACACAAUGAAUUGUCAUUUCACUAGAGAUGCUAAAAUUAAUAGAGUAGGCUUUGUAAAAGAAUAAAUACCGAGUUGAUUAGUUCUUCUGCAUAUGAAUUCUGUAUGUCAGUUUCUACCCAGACUUCAAUAGCAUGGGGGGCAGGGGAGGGGAAGGGAGGGGAAAGAGAAUAAAACCCUACCUACAUUAGUGGUGUUUGCAUACAGAGUAUCAAAAUAUGCUUUUAACAUAGUAGUUACAAUUAAAAAAAGGUUCUCAAUCUGGGAGAGACAAUGCAUUAUUCCUCUAGCUGGUGGCUGCUCAGAUGAUGGACAAGUCUUCUUUCAGAGUAGCUCACAAAGGAGACAUCUGAAACACUGUCUGUGAUAUUGGGUCACAUAUUAUUCACUGCAGCUAAUUGUAAAUCUUUCUAUGAAACACUGAAAAGCCUCUUUGUGAAUUAAUACUGUUCUGCUUGAUGCACUUGAUUAAAAAAGACAUUUCUCUCUAUGUGGUGCAUGUCGGCUUUGCUUUGAAAAAUUACGAAGUUAGCAGAAUAUGUUUAAUAUAUUUUCUUGGGGAAUAGGGUUUUUAUCAUAUGAUUCAUUAAGGAUUUGCCUUACCCUGACAUUUGUGAUAUAAAGGAAAAUCUGAAAAAAAUGUAAUUUUCUUGAUCAAAAUAUGUUUUUACUUAAUGCAAAUAAAUGUAGUCUGUUGCUUGCAAAACGUCUUCUGAUACCUGGUAUAAACUGCUAAAUAGAAUUAGACGUGCCUCCUUUGUUAAUCUAGCAUUUAAGUGCUGAACUGCUUCUAAAUCUAUUACUUUCCUUCUGUCCGUGCCAUACAUUGAAAACCUUAAACAACCGAUGCCUUCAUACUACAUUUGUUAAUGCAGAAUACUAAUAAAACUAAUUCAAGAGGAUGA